AGCGAUUGGGGCCCCAGCCGGCUCGGAUCCGCGAGGCCCGGUGCCGCGGAGGGCGCGACAACAAGCGCGGGCCCCCCUCGCCGCCGACAUGGGCGGGUGCGCAGCCAAGCCCUCUGAGGACCCACGUCACAGCGUCAGGCCGCCUUCCCUGCGGCAAGUUCGCGUCGUGCCUACGCGUCCGUGACCCCGCCGCUGCACGCCGUUGCACACCGAGCAACUGAAGGAGGUGCAGGAUGGGGGCUUUGGCAAGGCACAGUUCAUCUUGGACAAGCCGGGGAGAAUUCAGGACGUGUACGACAUGGAGUCCAAGAAGCUUGGCGAGGGAUCGUAUGGGUCCGUAAGCAAAGGUGUCCACAAGUCGACCGCCGUCGUCCGUGCCGUGAAGACCAUCGCGAAGACCAAGGUCAAGCACAUCGAGCGUUUCAAGAAAGAGAUCGCCAUCAUGAAGAUCAUGGACCAUCCGAACAUAAUCAAGCUGUUUGAGACGUUCGAGGACCAUCACAACAUCUACCUCGCCAUGGAGCUAUGCUCCGGAGGCGAGCUUUUCGAUCGCAUAGUCGAGGCGAGCCACUUCAGGGAGAAGGAAGCGGCGAUCAUUAUGCAGCAGAUCUUGAGAGCGAUCUUUUAUCUUCACGAGCAGCGUAUCUGUCACAGGGACCUGAAUGGCACGGUGGCGGCUUUUCUUUUUCAGAGUAAGGAUCCGAUCGAAGGCAACGUCUUAAAGCUGAUAGAUUUCGGGCUCUCGGCCAAGUUCAAGGAUGGCGAGCCCAUGUCCAGUAGGGCAGGGACUCCGUAUUACGUGUCACCGCAGGUGUUGGCCGGCAAGUACAAUCAUCUCUGCGAUCUAUGGUCGGCGGGCGUGAUCAUGUACAUUCUGCUCUGCGGGACACCGCCGUUCUUUGGCAAUAACGAUCAGGAGGUGCUUGCCAAGGUCAAGUACGGCAACCUCACCUUUAACCCGCGUGAGUGGUCUGGCGUUUCCCAGGACGCCAAGGACCUUGUCCGCAUGCUUGUGAAGAUGAACCCAAGCGAGCGUCUGAACGCAGAGCAGGCUUUGAACCAUUCUUGGAUCAAGAAUCGCGCUCCUCGGGCCACGAACGCACCGUUGCCCACCAAUUUCGUCCCCAGGCUGCGAAAGUUCCGGUGCCGUAGUAAGUUCUCCAAGGCAGUGUUGCACGUGAUCGCCUCCCAGUUGAACGAGUUCCAAAUCAAGAGCCUUCGUGAGACGUUCCUGGCGUUGGACAACAACGGGGACGGACUGCUGAGCCUGACAGAAUUGAAGGAAGGACUCUCCCAAGCAGGCAUCACGGAUCUGCCCGAGGACUUGAAGGAGAUCAUGGAAGGGAUCGAUUCAGACGGCAGUGGUGUGAUCGAUUACACUGAGUUUUUAGCCGCUACCAUCGAGAAGAGGCAGUACAUCCAGGAGGACGUCUGUUGGACCGCUUUUCGGGUCUUCGACCUGAAUGGAGAUGGAAAGAUCACCCCGAACGAGAUGAGGAUGGUUUUGAACAACGGCAACGUAAAUAGUUUGGUAGAUGUCCAGGCAACCGCUGAUGUGUUGAAGGAAGUGGACAAGAACGGCGACGGCGCUAUUGACUUCAAGGAGUUCAUGACCAUGAUGCGGAACAUGUCCAAAAGUAUGAGUAUGGAUGCCAUUCCAUGAGCAGAUCUUAACUUCGCGUCUGACGCGCACAUCCGCCAAUUUAUAUGCGGACGUUGCGCAGCAACAUUGCAGCGUUGUAAUGCCGUGACGUUGCUCGGUUGUCGCGGUGGAUCGUGUUAGAGUUUUCUGUGUACAUUUGGGAUUUCCUGGGUGACCCUCGGGGUCCCACGGGGUUGCCUCGUUGGAGGCCAGAGUCCUCAGGCCUUCCAACUGUGCCUGGGCUCGUUGGGUCUUGGGGCCGUCCUCGGGAGGCGGUCUUGUGGCCGUCUUUGGCAGCCCUGGACCGUGUGGAAGUUUUCCAUGGGUGCCACUCACGUCGUUGGUGCGUUGUCCAGAAGGGCUCGAAGGCCGUGUAGAGGCUAGAGCGGUUUUGAGAUGUCAGGGUGGCUUGACGAAUGCAUUCGCGAUACGCGAUUUCCUAUAAAGUUGCCGCCUUUCCAAAUGGCCCGCCAGAAGGCUCUCGUGGGCCUCUUCGGGGCAUCAGGUAGCCUCCUGAACGCGUGCCCUAGACUUUGUCCGAAUCGGUUUCGGCAUUGUAUCGCGAGGACUGGUCGUUCUUUUGCAGCGACCACAAGACAUCGAACGCCGCAAGAGGAGGCUGGCUGACAGACACGGACGCAUAGGGAGUGUGGUGGCGGAUCUCUACGCGUCGCAGUCAUCCCUUGUUGUGCGAUCGCCUGUGUUUGGACGAGCAUAGGAAAUAUCUUGUGCGGUGUGUGUGUGUACAUACAGCGUUGAUGCGAAAGUCGUCCUCCGGACCCGAGAGCUGCUGGAUUCCUUUAAUUCCUUUGCGUUGCCAGACGUUCCGUCUGCGAUCAGGUCGUCUAGGCGUCGCCCACACGAGGCGCGCAACCGACCACUGUUUCGGGCGCUAGCGAAGACUAGUUGUGCAUGAAGGAGUACAUGCAUCUUCUCGUUAUGCCGUCCUCUGUUUCCUUCUUCUUAUUAUUCUUCUUCUUCUCCAGUGAUGACUUGCGCUACCUC